UCCAGGCUACAACACAACCAGCGUGCGAUCAUCAUCCUAGCCAGGUUCCCAUCAGAUCUUCAUCGCGGGCCGUGCGGUGCCACAGUGAAGCAAAUUCCCAUAAGAGCAGAUGCAUAACCGCUCCCGGCACGACUUGACUUCCGGGCGCAGGUCUCGUGCUUCACAAUGCGGAGGCUGUCCGCGGAGUCACCCACAACACACUGCAUACAUAGCAGGAAACAUACAAUAAAUCGGUCGCAUCGGAUGACUGUAUCUCCAGAGGCAGGCGAAGCAUGCUCAGAUGACAAGAUGGCUAAAUACUGUGGAAGUCUUCGCACGAGCCUAUGCAUGAUCACAGCAAAACAACGUCGGAACUGGCGAGUCGAGCGUAAUUUCUGUUCAUCGAGACAAAGCAAGCCAUGAAGACCUUGCAGACAACUAAAGCCCCUAUAAUGACCACUCGUACAGCCGCUGACUGGGGAAAUCUGCAGUCAUCUCGAUAGGAUCUGCUUCGUCGCCAUGAGCAUUCAUGCGAGACACCUUGAGGACCUGGCCUCGAAAGUCACUGGAUCAUCGGCAUCGUGGCAGGCGUGGACGGUCAACUUCGAGGAGACUGAGAUACGGUUUGUGGGCUCAAGUCUUGCCUUUCUUGGCCUCGCGACAGCUGGCUACAAUGUGUGAGAUCAAUCCGUGUUCAAGACCAUCUACGGGUCUGGCUCCGCUUUUUCAGAAGUGACCCACCACCAGCCCUUUGACGAUCUGCAUGGCGACGUGAAUUUACUCGUGGAAACGAGUGAUUGUGUCGUGAGUGCCUGAGGCUUCGCACCAACUGAGUUGACAAACACGCCUGCAUCGAGAUACCCGCAACCUCCAACCUACCCCGAAUUCGCAAACACCAAACGGUCAGCAUGUCGCCCACCGAAGAAGAGUUAGAAGAUGACCGACAGUUCUUCCCCACAGGCUGGCAUGAUGAAGAUGAGAGAAUUGAUCUCUACGCCCUCUUCGUGCUGGAGGAUGUGCCUGUCGCCGAACUCGAAGACGUCCUGAGACGAUCUGCGGACGGCAACGAUGGAUGUCAGAGCCUCUGGCUAGCCGGCGACUACAACACCUUACCAGACUUUUACUUUUACGUAGUGCCUUCCCCGGAGGGUACGAAGCCGCCACUUGAUCCAGACUGGCAGUCGCCAUUUCGAGGACAGACAGCGGCCGACGCGGCCAGAUUUCUACGCACCGUGCCCAAACCGAGAAAGCCGCUGUGCAAGACGUACUUCGCUAUCCUCUCGAGAACGCUAUACGAAGAGCAGGGCCACCUUCUGGUGUGCAAGGUCCUUGAGGAUGGUCAAGUGCAGUCGAUUCCCUGCCCAGUUGCGGAUGUCGGCAUCUACUUCGGUGGUGGUGACCGUGAUCACUGGCGUUUUGAUUUGCAGAGCUGGGAAGAGGAUGGCUCGACCUUGCUGUAGUGAUAUGGUGUUCCAGACGGACUCGAACAUGCUAGGAAUGGACCAAAGGAAUUCGCUCUUUCAUCACCGAAGUCGAUGCUAAGUGGGACGGAGGACACGAGCGCUCUUCAGAUGGACUGCCUCCACUGGUGCCAAUAUGUUUCGCGCGACCUGCCGGACAUGUGGAUAUCGUUUGUAUAACUAAGGUUCUUGCCGCGACGGCCGUGCAGCAUUAGUGGAUGAUCAGCAAUGCACAUGAAGCCUCGGCGCUCGUCUCGACUCACCUUCUACAGCCAGCACAACUGAAAUGACGACGAAUUUCGGGCACCAUCUUUCGCAGGCACGACUAGGGCACAAUGCUCAACAAGGGCAAAGAAGUCAAUCGGCCUAAACUUCACAGUUGGGUUCCCUCAAGAUAUCGGUUCUGCGAUUUUUGUCUGCUUGCACUGGCCUACAGGAGCGAGGUCGCACAGCAUUGUAUUCGGCUACUAUCAUGGAAGCCACCUCGCAGGAUUGCUCAGACAGCCCUUUCCGCUGAAACAUUUAACAAAAUCUGAUCCGCAACUUAUUGUGUCGCGUCCUCCAUUCGCACCGCAGCGCGCUUUGCUUCCAGCUCCUCUGAUCGUUCCAGCAACUCGGAUGGGAUGCUUCGAGAUUUGGUACCUGGAACAAACCAACUAGUAGAACUGAAUAGAUAGUUCAUCCCCUCUAGAGGCCGGCGAGUGGUCUCUGGAAGGAAAGCCCAAAAGAAGAUGGCGUUGGUGACAUUGCAAAUGACGAAGAGCAAGAAGUAACGCCAACCUUGCGACUCAAUGGUAGGCGCUGUGAUCUGGCCAAUCAUGGUAUUGAAAGCGAACGAGACCAUGACACCAAUCGAGACGCCUUUGGAUCUGGUGCGAGUAUCGAAUACUUCCGAUGGGAUGAUCCAUGACAGAGAGCCGCAGGUGAAAGAGAAGGCGAAUUGAAAGACCCAGUUGAAGACGAUGAAGAGCCAGAGGAGUGACUUUUGGGUGCCUUGACUCACGGAAAAGAAGCGUGCAAUGACAGCUGCGAUGACGACGAAGCACAGCGAGCAGGCCAGAUUUCCAAUGAUCAUAGGCCAGCGGCGACCAAUCCUAUCGAUGAACAGAAUGGUGCACAGUUGCGCGACGAUCGAAACUGCGUACCCAAUGCCCUGAUACUUCAGCGCAUCAUUGGUACCGACAUUCAAGGCGGCAUAAAUGUCUGGUAGGAAAUACUGCACUGCACUUACGCUGUUAUCGCCAGUUCAUGCUAGGGCCUAUUCCACGAAACAAGGCUUAUUCCGUGUCGUGCCGUUUCGUGCGGCCACGAAAUCAGCCUUAUAUGAGAUAGGGCUUAUUCCAUGCGAUAAGGCCUUUUUCGUGCUAGGAAAUAGUUGUAGAGAAGAUUAUUGCAGACUUUUUAGUAAGCACGACUUAUACGCAUAUACGGAAGUGCGGAAGCUGUAUUGCUCGGCAUAGCUGUUCGACAGAUGCUGCAAUUAUUCUAGCGCUAUAACGAGUAUAGGUAUACGAAACAC